GCGGCCCUGCGUGCCGUAUGCCGCGUUCGGGGCGCGCCCGCCGCUAUCCAGCUUCCCGGGCUCGGCAGCAUCUCGGUGCGCGGCUCACAAAGAGCUGCGGCGGCGGCCCCGCGCUCGGCCUUGGGGACACAGCGGCGGCGGCCGUGCACCCGCACGGCCCGGAGCUCGGGCCAGUCUCCAGAGGAUCCAUCAUUUCUGCAUCUUGAGGGGGGAGCCCACAAGGACUGACCUGCGGAUGGCCCAGGGUCCGGGGGUGCCUGUAGCUUCUCGAAAGAUUUCAUCACCAGGAGGGUUUUCAGGACCUUACCAAACUGCUUGUUUUUGUGGCUGCUGCCUGGUGACGAUGGCCGUAUGAGCCCCACCAUGGCCCACCGGAAGCGUCAGAGUGUGGCGAGCAGCCUGCUGGACCACAGGGCAAGGCCGGGCCCGGAACCCGAAAGUGAGGACACGGAACUGGCCCUGGAGGAGUACGUGCCCACCGACCUGGAGCUGGCGGCCCUGCGGCCCGAGAGCCCAGUGCCUGCUGAGCAGGGUGGCCCUGACCAGAGCCCUGAUGGGGACUCCAGCUCCGACUAUGUGAACAACACCUCGGAGGAGGAGGACUACGAUGAGGGGCUGCCCGAAGAGGAGGAGGGCAUCACCUACUACAUCCGCUACUGCCCCGAGGACGACAGCUACCUGCAGGGCACAGACUGUGACGGGCAGGGCUACCUGGCUCAUGACACGCGACACCUGGAGACAGAUGAGUGCCAGGAGGCGGUGGAGGAGUGGACGGAGCCCACGGGCCCACAUGCACAUGGCCACAGUGACCCGGGCAGCCCUGGCUACCGGGACGGCCACCUCUCUGUCCCCGAGGAUGAGGCCUCAGUCCUGGACUCCCGGGACCAGGAAGAGGACGUCCACUACUGUCCCAGCGAGGAGGCCUACCAGGACUACUACCCUGCUGAGGCCAAUGGGAAUGCAGGCAGCACGUCGCCCUACCGCCCGAGGCGCAGGGACGGGGACCCAGAGGACCAGGAGGAGGACAUCGAUCAGAUCGUGGCCGAGAUCAAGAUGAGCCUGAGCAUGAGCAGCAUCACAAGUGGCGGCGAGGCCAGCCCCGAGCACGCACCACGGGGGCCCGAGACGGGGCCUGGGGACUCCCCUGAGGCCUGCCCGCCGGCUGAAGCCAGCCGCGGCCCCAACAGACACGAGGGCAGGCCCAAGUCGCUGAACCUCCCUCCUGAGGCCAAGCACCCCGCCGACCCUCAGAGGAGCUUCAAGACCAAGACCAGGACCCCGGAGGAGAGGCCCAAGUGGCCCCAAGAAGAGGUUUGCAAUGGUUUGGAGCAGCCAAGAAAGCAACAGCGCUCUGAUCUCAAUGGACCAGUUGACAAUAACAACAUCCCAGAGACAAAGAAGGUGGCAUCUUUUCCCAGUUUUGUGGCUGUUCCAGGGCCCUGUGAGCCAGAAGACCUCAUCGACGGGAUCAUCUUUGCAGCCAACUACCUGGGCUCCACGCAGCUGCUUUCAGAGCGGAACCCAUCCAAAAACAUCAGAAUGAUGCAGGCACAGGAGGCUGUCAGCCGGGUCAAGAGGAUGCAAAAGGCUGCCAAAAUCAAGAAGAAAGCGAAUUCUGAGGGAGAUGCCCAGACACUGACGGAAGUGGAUCUCUUCAUCUCCACCCAGAGGAUCAAGGUGUUAAAUGCGGACACACAGGAGACCAUGAUGGACCAUGCCCUGCGCACCAUCUCCUACAUCGCGGACAUCGGGAACAUCGUGGUGCUGAUGGCCAGACGCCGUAUGCCACGCUCCGCCUCCCAGGACUGUAUCGAGACCACCCCUGGGGCCCAGGAGGGGAAGAAGCAGUAUAAGAUGAUCUGCCACGUGUUUGAGUCCGAGGACGCACAGCUCAUCGCCCAGUCCAUUGGCCAGGCCUUCAGUGUGGCCUACCAGGAGUUCCUGCGGGCCAACGGCAUCAACCCCGAGGACCUGAGCCAGAAGGAGUACAGUGACAUCAUUAACACCCAGGAGAUGUACAACGACGACCUCAUCCACUUCUCCAACUCGGAGAACUGCAAGGAGCUGCAGCUGGAGAAGCACAAGGGUGAAAUCCUGGGCGUGGUGGUGGUGGAGUCGGGUUGGGGCUCCAUCCUGCCCACCGUGAUCCUGGCCAACAUGAUGAAUGGAGGCCCAGCUGCCCGCUCGGGGAAGCUGAGCAUUGGUGAUCAGAUCAUGUCCAUCAAUGGCACCAGCCUGGUGGGGCUGCCACUCGCCACCUGCCAGGGCAUCAUCAAGGGUCUGAAGAACCAGACACAGGUGAAGCUCAACAUCGUCAGCUGCCCGCCAGUCACCACUGUCCUCAUCAAGCGGCCAGACCUCAAAUACCAGCUGGGUUUCAGCGUGCAGAACGGCAUCAUCUGCAGCCUCAUGCGUGGGGGCAUCGCGGAGCGGGGCGGUGUCCGUGUAGGCCACCGCAUCAUCGAGAUCAACGGGCAGAGCGUGGUGGCCACCGCGCACGAGAAGAUUGUCCAGGCGCUGUCCAACUCGGUGGGAGAGAUCCACAUGAAGACCAUGCCUGCCGCCAUGUUCAGACUGCUCACAGGCCAGGAGACCCCGCUGUACAUCUAGGCUGCCUGCCUGCACCCUGAUGAGCGGGAGCCAGACCCAGGACCUGACCCCUGACCCCACAGCGCACCCGAGGACACCAGCUCUGCUGAAGGGCAUGCCCUCAUCACCCACUUUUAUUUUUUGGACUAAAAGGGGUAUGUCUGAAUUCAAGGAGGAUCCCAGGAAGCAGUCUCUGUAGAACAGUCCAGUGUUUUGCCGCAUCCCGAGUUUUCUCACCGCGAUGGGCGAGGGCUUGUCUGUACUUCCGUGUGGUGCGGAGCCAGUGUGCAGGGCGGACGUGGGGACCUCUGGCCACAGCUGCGCAGGAAGCCCCGGGGGGGACAGCGAGCUCAGGGUGGGGGGCAGCGGCAGUGCCCCCACCCUCUGCAGGGGCUCAGGCUCCUGCAAGGAGGGUGCCCAACGGCCGAGCAUGGGCGGCCAGCUCUCAGGAUGUGACCGGUCACUGAAGCCGGGUGAUCAUGUUUCUGAGAAAGGAGACGUCCCCGAGUUACAUAAAGGGUGAUGUCCACAACCUCAAGACUCCACACUUAGACAAUAUCACCGUUUUGACUCUUAUCCGACAACAAGCCGCUCUUCAGACAGUAGGCUUUUCCGACGAUCUGUGACCACACCUGCUGUCCAUGCUCACCUGUCCACUGGUCCCUGGACGCCCCUGGGCAACCUCCCGCCUCUGUGGGCCAGCUGCCUCAUCACAAUCUCUGCAUCCACGCAUCCACACAUGCGCUCUCGCCUCGGACACCAGACCCACACCGGACACUUGUGGUCCCUGGGGCCCCACGUCUGGUCUCUUCGCUGAUAGCGGCAGCGUUCCUUGUGUGUAGAUCAAGUGCAGCGUAGUCUAGCCCUGCCCGCAGAGCUCAGCGAUCACCGAUGUUGUUCUGUCUGGAAGUCUCUCUCUUGGGCCCAGGCCUUGAAGAAAACACUGUGACUUAAGAAGCCUUACCAUGCGGUAACUAAGCUCUAGGACCACUGGACGAGGGUGACCUGUGUGUUGCAUGCCGCCGACCUUGGGAAGACUCGCUAAUACCACUAAUAAACCUGAGGUCACGAUGGAAAG